CGCGACCGAGCGCUUCCUCUUCCCGUGCUGGUGCCCGCCACACAAGAGCGAUAGAAAAUGGCGAGUCAGUGUAAAAGGCAGCAAUGCACAAUCGACAGGCGCGGCUUUCGGCAGGAACUUGACUCGUGGCGACAUAAACUCAUUAACUGUGUAGGGUUUGAGAGCAUUCUCGAAGGUCUGUUUGGUCCAGAGUUGGUAAAAGACCUAAAAAUAUUUAAGGACUUCGGGCCUAUAACAGUGUCAGACUGGUCAUUUGAUGAAAACUGUCUUUUCUGCUGUUUGAGACGAGACAAAGUAAAGGAACAUUUGAUUAACUUGAACAACAAAGGGCUUGAAGAUAAAACAAAACAUCCCUUGGUUAAAGAUCAGUCUACAAUCAGCAGACUAGAGAAACAAGCUGAGGAAUUUCUCAGUGCCGUUCUCAGCAGAAAAGAUGUGCCAAAUUUUACAGACCCACACAUUCCACUAGUGGCUCGAGACAUCCUUCAGAGAAUGAUCCGACAGUUUGCUGCCGAAUAUACCUCAAAAACUAGCUCUCCUCAGGACAGUUGCUCAGAUACCCAGCCCUGCUCUGACCAAAGCUGGACGGCUCCACUCGUGCUUACUGGGGCUCCUACUUCCUCCAGUCCUGCUGCCACACUGAGUGGACCUGCCCAAAACCAGAACCCUGUUCUUAGCAAGCUCCUCAUGGCUGACCAGGAUACUCCUCUUGACCUUACCAUCAAGAAGGCGCCGGCUGAGUCUUGUGAACAAGAUGGAGUUCUUGACUUAUCCAUUAAGAAGAGUCGCUGUAGCAGCAGCAGCAGCAGCAGCAGCAGCAGCAGCCAGCCUGUCCAUAGUCACAGCAUUUCUCCAGCCACAUCCACACUGAAGGGUGAGUCUCCAGGGUUACGUGUUGCAAAGGCAAAAGACCUGCAGUCCACCUCCACGCUGGAACAGUUCAUGGCCAAACUCUGCCCCCACCAUCAGAGGCAGAUAGUAGAUGCCAUUGGUUUUCUACAAACAGAGGUCAAAGCACUUGCAUCUUCUAAUACACAUCAAACUGCUAACUCUACAACUGGGAUCCAUGAAACUUCUUGUUCCACUGCAAAAUCUCUUGCAGUUACACCUGAGAAGUCUAACCCUGAGCUAAAGCCUCUUUCCGAAUCUACUCCCAAGAAAGAAUUGCAUAAUAUGUCCCUUUCUAGUCCAAGCAGCUCUGCAUUGAAUCCCGUUCCAGAAAAUGCAAUGUCACUAAAAACGUCUGUUACUGCUGCCUGUGGUUUGGAUCUUCGCAGUCCUAGGUCAGGAAGUAACCUUGCUUUGGUCCCUCCCACUGAAAAUCCAGUGGACACAGAGAACAACCGUCACAGUGAUCAUGCACCGCUUAAGAUGAAAAUCAUGGCCAGCAAUGUUGCUGAUCGUAAGAAGUUGUCAUGUGUGCUCAAUGCCUCUCUUACAAAGCAGUCUUACCCUUUGGACAACAGACAUGGUAACUUAAACCUGUCCAACAGAACAGAGACUCAUAGUGCUAGACUCAGCUCUACUGUGAAAAAACACCAUCAGGCUAGUCACACGUAUCAGGCCAGGCAGAGAGAGACUCUUGAGCAUUCCAAAGAAAAAACAGCAUUCCAUGUGACUCCGAACUCUCCACGAACUGCAAGGAAGACCAUCAGGUCUUCCACUGAUCGCACUAGAGACUCUGUCUGUAGAGGAAUGACUGACCCUGAUCUUGGUCACUGUGAUAUUGUUUUUAUUGACAAACCAAUUACUGAGUGCUUCAAAGAACAACAUCGCAGCAUGGUCCCACGCCGCAAUGCCAGAAAAAGCACAAGAGGACACAUGUACUCAGAUGAAAUCUGGGAGUUGAAAACCGUUCGUACCUUGGCUGGGAGGGGCAACUGUCCUAAUCCAAUGCCAGAACUUACCACACUGGUCACUCCAAAACAAAUACUUUCAAAGCCUGAAGGUGUACCACCUGUUGACAUGCCUUUUGUGGGAUCAUGCAGGGAAACGAUGCAUCAACAAAUGCCCACUGAACAGUCUGAUGAAAGUAUUAUUCCAGGAACAGGAGACAUGGUUGAGGUUGCUGAUAGUGAAGUAGAUGUUAUAGUUGAAACUAGUCAGACAGACCAGUGUCAGAACAAGAGUCAGUCUUCUCCAGCUUCAAUGAGGUCCCUAGAAGAGAACAAUGAAACAAAUAUAAACACUUUAGAACUGGAUACAGGUGCAGAUUUAGAGAGGACAACACAAAGUGAAGAAAGUGUUGCUCAUGUUUCAUAUGAAGCAGGCCUACAGGACAAACCUGAGCCACAAGUAGACAGUGAUCGUACUGGUCAAAUAGUGAUAGAAACCAAUCUUAACCCAUUAGAGAGAACUAUACUACAAGACGCUGAGCCCCACCUUUCAUCGGAAAACGUGCACAAAACUCAACCGAUUCUUCAACAGGAUAGCAUUCCAUCUUCCCCAUCUGCAGUAAACCAAGUAGUGGAGGAGACAGGGGAAAAUAGAAAGGAGGAAUUACAAGACAAACAAUCACAGGAACCAGAGCCAGAACCACAGAUACACUCUGACAGCUUUGAAGUUAAAGAAAAUUCACACUUUGAUGUUAAAGAAAAUUUACAUGAUGCAACUGAUGAGUCCUUGGAAAAAGAACCAGAACUUACAUCGUCUGAAUCAGUUUAUAGUUUUGUGUCAUUAGAGACUGAAGAGAAAAGGGAUUUUGAUGUGUCUUCAAAGACACUUGAUGCGCUGUUGAAGGAAUUGCCCCCAUGGCGUAGAAAAAAAGGUACCCCCAUUUCAAUGCCAAAACGAUUAAGACAAACAGAACCCGUAAUAGUGGGUUAUGUUAAUGGUAGACCUAUAUCGGCCUCAGACAGAAGUUUACGUCGUAGGUCAGGUAACAGCAACACAUCUCCUAAUGAAAGUCUACUUAAUGCUAGUCAUGAUGAUUCAACCAUUGAAAACAAAAAUGUAGAAAAAUCUCUUUCUGAAACAGAUUUAUCUAUUAAAUCACUUGACACUAAUACUGUGACUGAUCAAGUGAUGGAACAGUCUUCUGAUACACCAUCAAGCCCAGUACCUCCAGUACCCCGGUCCAAACAAAUCCCGAAACAAAAGCGAGUACAGAGAGAUCAGGACACAUUGUCUGUCCAAACUGAUCAGUCUCCUGAUCAACGUCAGGCCACCGAAUCUACACGACAGCUCAGAUCGGCCAGCCAAAAAUCAACUAUAAACCCUCUCUCUUCACCUAGUUUAAAUGACCUCCCCUCUAUUUUACCCCCAAAACCAACUGCUGCCAAUACUUGUCUACCUACAGAGGAACCCCUUCCUGUCCCUCUUCCCUCUAAUAUUCCUAAUAUGUCUCCUCCUGUAAUCAAUGCAACUCCCACUGCAGUCUCUGAACAGUCUCAACAACACCUUGAGACAACUGUGAAAUUAAGCAUAGAAAAUUCUGAGCCAGUAGAAUAUAUAAAAAUAGACGAAACACAGAAAACUGAAGUAGAAAGUAGGACGCAGACCAAGCAGAAGUUGAGGUCUGCGAAGGCUGUAGACAACAGUAAGAAUGAGAACCAGGAACCUCUUGGUGGGGUAUCAAAUGCACUAGAAAAUCAAAGUCCUGUUAAGACUGAAAUGCAAGCACAAACGUCAUUAAGAAGUAAACGCAUUCUUAGAAAGGACACUGAAGCAAGUGAGGUUGCUUCAUUAGAGAAGCCAAAUGUAGCAUCUUUAGAAGACAAGACUACAACUGAGCACGACAACAGUUCGUCUGUGCCCGACAGACAUACACGAAUGCCAUUAAGGAAUGAGACUAGUAAGAGUGAAAUGCUCAAUCAACCGGUUACUCAGCCAACACCAGCUUUCAACAAGAAACUAGCAUUAAGAUCACAAAGCUCAAUUGCACCUGUUUCCAGUGGUAUAAGUGGAAGACAGAGUGACUCAGUGCCCCCAACAAGAGCAUUGUCUGAGAAGAUAGCAAAAGCUCAGGGGAAAUCCUCUACAGUGUCUGUUGCACCUGUUUUGGCCCAGAGUUUACCCAUUACACCCAAACCUGAGCCCCCAAAACAAACAAACAAGUUUUUGGAGACUCUGACUGGAGACGAAAGCCAGCAACUUAUUACAAAUCUAAACAUAAAGUAUGACAAAAUGCAGAAAGGUUGGGUGCAAAUGGACAAAGAGGGUCAACCAGGACCAAAAUACAAAAGCAAAGCAGACAGGCAGGCAGCAAUAUGGAAAAGUAAGCGCAGGGCACGAAAACCAAAGUCCUCAGAGCACCAGAAGUACUCACCAGUUCAGAUGCUUUUCAUGAAGAGUUUUAAUCUCUCCAGCAUUUGUCGUUGGUUCCUUGAAUCAACAGAAACAAAGUCCCUUGUCAUUGUCAAGAAGGUAAAUACACGUCUUCCGUCUGAAACGCAGCUGUGCUUCCACAGCUCAUCUAGUACUUCAGGGAGCUCUCAGGGGGUAUUUCCAAGUCUGCAGGCAGAGCGUCUAAAGAAACACUUAAAAAAGUUUGCCAUUGCCUCUCCUGUGAAGAGCAACCCUAAGAGCCAGAAGCUGAUUGCUAAAGCACUGGAGCAAGAUGCAAACGCAGUCAAAGGGAAAGAGAGGAGGGAGCUUUCCAGUACUACUCGGACUCUGAGUAAGUCAUGCUCCUCUGCCCAAGCCGGUAUACUGAUAGGCGAAGCCCAGAAAUCCUCUGGCAAGUCCAAAAAUCCAGCUAGUGCAAGGAUUCUGAGGAAAUACUCCAAUAUCCGAGAAAAGAUGCAAGUCCAACAAACCAAUGCAAGACUGAAAAAGGUCUCGAAAACCUUAAAAAGUGGAAACAUGAAAAGAUUGGCCGCCACAAAGUCUACUGCCAGGUCAUCUCUGAAAACACAGAAAUCACCCCUGCGUGUUAGUAAGCAAAUCAAGACAUCUACCACAAAAAUGGAGAGAAGGAAAGCAUUGGGCGGAAAAAAGAAAACCAAGCAUCCUGUACAGGAGAGGGGAGUCAGGACCCAGAGCAGCAGUAGAUGUUCAAGAGAUGGAAGUAAAAAAGAAGUGCCAAAGAGAUGCUCUCAACGACUAGGGCUGCCCAAAACCAUGGAACUGAAUCCUACUGAUACAUUAAAAAGCAAGGCCGAUGUUAAAAAACUUGCUGAAUCACAAAAAGCAGACAUGGAAAGACCUGCUGUAAAUAAAAUGAAUGCUGCAAAAGUUCAAACUAAGGAAUCACCACUGAGCCCACUAAGUGAAACUACAGAGAACAGUGCGGAGACCCCUCAGCAGAGCACGGACGGCAAAGUUCCAGCCUCACCUGACCAGGUACUAACAAGAUCCCAGCGGAAAAUGGAGGCAGCAGUCCCUUCAUGUGGAAGCCCCAGUCAGGCUUCAAAGAGAGCCAAGUCUGUGACCACGCAAAAUGCAUCUCCUAAAACAGCCAGGAAGGCUGAGGAACACACACUGACGAGAAGCGGGGCUUUAAAAUCCCCGGUGAAAAGAAGCCAGGCAGCUUUGUUGCCACGCAAUGCAACCAGGAGAGCUCAGGAGCUUUUAGAGACCCCAUCUAAGCGCAAACGGACAUCACUCUCAAAAUAAAACGGACCUACAGAGAGCGCGCGCGCGAGAGAGAGAGAUCUUUAUUUAGAGAAUUUUUGUGAUUCUGUUUUAUCUGAAAUAUAUUCAGAAGGACCACAGAUGUCUAUUUUGUACUGUUGGCAAUCUUUUCGGAGGAGAUCUUUUUCAGUAGGCGAAGACAUGAAGAAGGAAUUAAUUUAUGCUUUUGUAAAGCUUCAGUAUGACAAUGCAAAUGUGACGGAUAAUGUGCUGAGCAUUUGCUUUGUGUUGUGGGGCUACAGACUGUCUAGCAGAUGUAGUUGCUGUUUGGAUUCAUGUGUCAGCACUCUCGCUGUGACAUGGCUGGAGAUUACAAUAACCAUCACACACCUUUUUUAAAAGUGGGGGUAAUAACCAUUAGGCUUAAGUGUAGUUAUGAAGAAAACAAACAUUCUCCAUCAUCUUUUGUUUCCUUUUGUAUAUAAUUGUUUUAGUUAAUAGUGUUUUACUGCAUUUGUAGCGCUGAAAGCUUUGAACUUGAGGGAGGUCCGCUUUGAUUGACAUUUUUACCAAGCGUAAAUGGGCCGUUUGUAUCUCCAGCCUGUCUUCCAACCACAACUUUGUGUGAAUAUGUAACUGUUGUGACCAGGUGCCUUAUUUAUGAAGUGUAAAGUGCUAGAAUGUCUUGCUAAAUGUGAAGAUGCCUGUCCUCGCGUUGUAACAGCGUCUGAUUCCUGAUGAGGCAGUCAGCAUUCAUGUUUCAUGGAGUGUGUGCAAAUAGUUUCCGUUCCACAUAGUGCGUGCCCCAUACCUAUUGUGUACAUUAUACAUGUCGAUCAAGGCAUCCAGAUUUUUGAUUUCUUCUCACCUGAACAUUUUGUUCAUAUUUCAGUUCUCCCAGAGCAUUAACAUCCCGUUUUUUGUGAUAAAACAUGUGUUUGAUGUUGAAAGCAACCAACCCAGUCUUGUAUUAUUUAUAACACAAAGGAGUUUUAAGUGUUUGUUUUUUUAAGUCCUGUUGCGUCACCUGUUCACUCAUCUCUCACCGUUGCACCUUCUGUUGUCUGCUUGUAACAGUGAUUACAUACCUGCGUCUGCAUGUGGUCAGCGUUGUUGAUGUGUAGAAAUGUGCCGCAGCUUUGCAAUAGAGGUGGAAACGUUUCCCAGAAGUGAACCCCAGAACUAUACUCGUACCCCAUUAUGUUGUAAAUGCUAACCACAUUCAAGACUAUGCAUGCACUACUACUGCCCGUACAGAAAAACACACCUGAGAUGACUGUCAUUACCUUGCUUUCACUGUGGAGCAGUUAUGUACGUGGGGUCAGUUAAGGACUCAUUAGCAUUAAUGGCACAUUACAGGGUGACAAAUUCCUUCCCUUAAUUAUAACAAGUUGCAUUUGAAAUUUUGGGGUAGUCUAGUCACGCUUCUAAUUUGUGAAGUUUUAUUCUGUUUUUUUAUUGUCAUUGGCUGUCAGGUAGACGUUCUCAAUGUGAAGUUUCUUCACUUCCACAUUAGUAACUUGCAUUAGAGUAAGUUAAAGGCGAAAACCUGUUUUAGCACAGUGUUAAUUUUAAUGCUUAAUUUUCAUCUUUAGAGGUUAUUUCAUCUGUAAAUGCAAAACAUGUCCGUCAUGUUUUUAUUGUUAUUUAAGAACUCGAUGCAGGCUAAUGAGUUUAGCGAACCUAAAUCAGCCCACCAAAUACCAGACUUGAACAUGUUUAUUCUUUACUGUUGCUAUUUAAAGAUUUUCAUUUUGUAUAUUAGAAAUAACUGCUUUAUUUGUGCUAAUCCCAAGAAUGACACAUCUUUACGUUAUAAACUUUGUAUUUUUGCUGGACUUGAUAAAAAAAAAAACAUGUUUGAA